AUGGAAGCUCAGCAAGGUGAGGAAGUAGCCAACGGUGUAGCGAUGGAACAUUCCGGAACUGAUCACGCAAAAGCUGGCGAAGAAGACGACAGGAAAUUAUUCAUUGGUGGAUUAAGCUGGGAGACAACCGAAGACAACCUAAAGGAUUUCUUCUCCAAAUAUGGCGAAAUUGAGAAUGUCAACUUGAAGACAGACCCGAACACUGGCCGAUCUCGUGGGUUUGCAUUCGUUGUUUUCAAGGCCGUGGAUUCUGUGGAGAAUGUCUUGAAUGCUGGCGACUUGACAAUUCAGAGCAAAAAAGUUGAGGCAAAGCGCGCUAAAGCACGUCAGGGAAAGGUAUUCGUUGGAGGCUUGCCCGCGGAAUUGUCCGAGGAUGAAAUCAAGGCACACUUUGGUAGCUUCGGCAAGAUUGCGCAGAUGGAAAUGCCCUUUGACAAGGUUCGCAACCAAAGAAAAGGCUUCUGCUUCAUCACAUUUGAAAACGAGAGCGCUAUGAAGGAGCUGCUCCGUAACCCGAAGCAGACUCUUGGGGGCAAAGAAGUAGAUGUGAAGAAGGCAACUCCUCGCAAUGACCAGAUGGGAUUCGGCGGAGGUCCUGGCUUUAUGCGCGGUGGACCUCGUGGGGCUCCGCGUGGCGGUAUGAUGCGAGGCGGUGUUCGCGGUGCCCCGAGGGGUGGCCCACGAGGCGGCGGUUGGGGUACGGGUACUCCGGUUAUGACAACAGCAGCUAUGGCGGGGGCUACGGGAACCAAGCUGGAGGCGGAGGUUAUGAGGGUUAUGGACAGGCAGCUGGCGGCGGCGGAGUUCGAGGUGCUCCCCGCGGCGCCGGUCGUGGGGGUCCACGAGGCGCCGGUCGCUAUCAACCCUACUAAAACCCUUCUACCCGGUGUGCGUGAGACUUUUUUUUCGUACAAUUCGCCGGCCUACUUCUGCCUCAGGGCGUGUCUCCCGCUGGAAAAACGAAGGUCAUCCAACUGUUGCACGUCUGCUCUCGACCCGACUUUGGUCUCUUGA